AUGUCAGAACCUUCAAAGUCAAGCAGUCAGCAACUUUCACCCCGUGAACCCCCAGUCACUACGACCCCGCUCUCUACCAAUGAAAUCAACAAUCUCUUUGAGGAGCUCAAAGGCGUGCUGUACUCCAACGAGGAUCCAGCAUUCUUGACAGCCCUGGACCAGUACAAACACGACCUGAGGAAGAGCUAUGUCAAGGGCGUUCGUGAGAUCUUCGAGCAGGGGCGACCCUUGAGCUUUUCGCCCCGCUUGAAACAACCCCCUCGCCAAGGUGCGCAGCAAGGGGGGCACUUGCAGCAGGCAAACUUUGCCCCCCCGGAGGACUUCACGUUCCAGAUUGAGCAGAGCGCACAGCAGGACCCGGGGGGGCAAACGCUGCUCGGUACAGACGACCCGGUCUUGACCCAGCUUUUGUUCAGCCCCCCUCCAACGCACGGAGGUGAAACGCCUGCUCGGGCCCCCCCUAGAUCGUCUAUUUCGGUGGGGGGGACGCAGACACGCCUGUCUUUCCAGUAUCCCUUUCCCCCAUCACCAAGACCUGAGGAGGAGCAGAGCGAGGUCCCUGAAUUAAGCCCAACGUUUCUAAGCCUGAUGUCUGCCGCAGAAUCAGUAGGGAAAAACGCCACCCCAACUUCUACAAGCGCUCAAUUCCUUUUCCCGAGAGGAGUCGGUGCCGCAGCAGAAAGCGGGAUAACGGAUGCGAGCGAAGCGUCCCAAAGUGCGUCAGGUUUGAGGCCGCCUGGCGUGCGCUCUCAGGGAGCGCCACGUGGCGUGCAGCGACGAGGCCUCCUGGAGAAGACGCUAAGUGAGAAUCUGGAAAGACUGCAUCACGGGCUUUCAGGAGGUACGAGCCUGUCUCAGCCGGCGACUCCUCAAACCUUCCAGAAGGAGCCACUGUUCGCCGAAAGGACUCCGUUUGAGUUCGUCUUUCCGGCGGAAUCCACGAGAGGGAGACCGGCAGCAGCAGAGGAUCGACCCGCCAAAAAACAAAGACGAAGCGCGCUGCCGUCUCUGGAAGCAGAAGAUUCUCCGCAGACGCGUUACGUCUCUCUGUUGACGGAACCGGACACAGAGCAGUUCACAUUGCCGGGUCUGGAGGCCCUCGGUUGUCUUCCCCGUUCGGUAACGCCGGCGUUCAGACAUAGUGUGAAUACGCCGGGAGCGGAAGCCACGAGCCCGGGGUUUCCUUCCGAGAGCCAAGCGGCGCAACGGGCGACACGUACAGAGGGUGCCAAGCCUGCUAUGGUCGCCCCGAUCCCGAUAAAGAUGAGAGCGAAGAGAGGGUGUGCGACGGAAAGGCGGAGCGUGUCUGAGCGGGAGCGGCGCGAGCGCAUCGCGGCGCGCAUGGACGAGCUGCGCGCGCUGGUCCCGCAGCGCAUGGCGUUCGACAAGACGUCCAUGCUGGCCAAGAUCGUCGAGUACGUCAAGUUCCUGCAGAUGCAAGUGCAACUCCUGCGAAUGGGCGCGAACGGUGCCCCGGCGGCCGACGUUGGGCUCCCGGGCGGUCUGCCCGAAGUCGCAAAAGGCCUCGCCAGCCGGUUACCACAUCCUGGACAGGAUCCCGGGGUGGCUACCGGGCUGCUGCACCUGCUAAAAACGGCGCCCGGGGAGGCGGUCCAGUUUCUGCACGACCGGGGGCUGUGCCUGGUACCGACGAGCGUCGCGGCAACGCGCUUUGCGCCACGUGGACAGCUCCCCCGCGGCAUCUAA